AUGAUUAACAUUCAAGAUCAAAAACAAUCCAAGCGAGUAUUCAAGGAGCGUCAAGGAAUACAUCCGGCAUUGAGCGAAUGGCAUGAGCCUGGAGCAGACACAUGGGAGCCUCUGUGGGAUGGUUUAUUUGCUAGCGAGAUAUUCAUAAGCUGGCAGCGACGAGACAGCCGGUGGAUACUGCGUUGCGUUGGAACGCCAGGCUCAGGAAAGACAACCCUCUCGGCUCUGGUGACGAGGAAAUUGAAACAGAAGUACGCCGGGACCCGGGAUGCCGUAGCCUCUGUCUUUGUACGGAACGAUGUGACUUUUAACGGCACCGCUUUUGUCGAGGACGUUUUGAUAGUUCUAUUCAAUCAAUUGUCCCUAAAAGGCAUCGAGGACGAAAUAAUCGCCGCGAAGUAUCGACUCUAUCUUGACGCCAGAAAGCACGGCCAUCGCGACGUUUUUCGUAUCCAGCUCACCAGAGAUGCGCUAUAUUCGCUCCUUACCAAACUUGAUCAUGCAUUUCUUAUCGUCGACGAUUUCGACAGAUGCAGCCCUGCUGUUGACCUGUUUCUUGAAAAUGAGUUGUCACUUCUGGCGACUAAAGGGCUUAAGGUGUUUCUCACCUCGCGCAUCACUUGUCUCAAAAUUUUACCUGAGAAAGUACUCUGCGACUCUUGCGUCACGGAAGACCAGGAACAUCUCAGCGUCUAUUGGGCAUGUGCAGGUUGCGAAGGAACGGGUGUUGAGCGCGAAGUCGUACAUGUCCUCUGCCAAAAUUGCAGAGAAAAAGGCGAGGCUUGUGGCAAAUGUGGCAGCUCUGUGAACUUCAGCCAGCCUUUCGACCAUGUAGAGUUGAAUCUUGGUUUCAAUAACCAUUACUUCCAACAACUAAUCGAUCGAGAGCUCGAGAUGGAGCACGGAGAUUUAGGCUUGAAAAGCACCAAAGAGGAAAAGCCCCCAAUGUCUGAUCUGGGUAGAAGUCUCACAGACCCCCGGAACCACGAGGCUCUCGCAACGUUACGCAGCAGAACUGCGGACCAGGCAGACGGGAACGUCAGCCUCGCUCUUCUCCGUUUGAAUAAUGUUCAUCAGCUUCAGUCAGUUGACAGUAUACUCUCUCCUUUGUCAGACGUCCUUCCGGCCAAUGUCGUGGCGUUCUUUGACGCCGGCAUGCAGCGUAUCGAGGAACAACCACCUUACCUGCGAGAUCUGGGACUAAAAGUCAUUGCGGCAGUGGCGCACUACGGCUAUCAUACAGGUCUAGGGUAUGAAGUCCUUGAUAAGCUCAUCCAAAACUCCUUGCAGACCCCAGCGAGGCAGCAGCCAACUAGAACGCAGUCACUACCAGUUGCACCCACAACUGCAGCGACCGAGGCAAUGGAGGAACUUGCUGUUUUCCAUGUACCUCACCGCAGUCUUGAAGAGAUGCUCCACGCCGCUCGCGGGUUCUUGGUAAUGGGAACCUUAGGUUAUCGUCCACUCAGGGCGUACUGUCAGGCGUUCUAUGUGUAUGUGAAGGAGAACUACAAUGAAUCUCUGGUACGUGCUCGUGCGAAGCUGGACUUUGACAGCGUUGAAGUCAAUCAAGAGGGAGGCUUGGCGGAGCUUAAGUAA